GAUAAACAGGCGGCUAGCUAGGAGAGCGGCGUACUGGGCUCCUUGCUUUCCAUCGGUCUGGACCGCUAAGUCCUCCCGCCUCAACCAAACCGAAGUCGACUGCAGCUCCGCGCCUCUUCUUUUCGCAAGUCAACCCAGAAGCAGGCGCCGUUUUGCAGCCGGGAGUGGGGCCAUGUCCAUCAAUCCCGGCGGGGACUGGCGCACCUUGGAAUGCGCCCUGCGCAACAGCCUCCAACUCCUUCGGGACAAGUGGGCGCAACGGACGAGGCUGUGGGGAAACACGGACUGCGCCCCGGGGAAGCAGGAGGAAGCGAAGGAGAUAGUCGGGACGAACGCCAGCCCGCCGAGCGCCCUGGAAACCCUGCCGAUAGAGGUGAAAUUAUACAUUAUGUCCUUGCUCACACCAAAAGAUCUGAUCUAUUUGGGAAGCACCAACCACUAUUGGAGAAUAACAAUCCAGGAUCCCUUGCUUUGGAGAUAUUUCCUCAUUCGGGAUCUUUCUUCUUGGAAUUCCAUAGAUUGGGAAUCCCUCCCAGAUGCAAAGAUAUUUAACCAGCCUUUUGUGGAGCUAGAUAAUAUUGACCCAUGCAAUUUCAUGGCAGCGUAUAGAAAAUGCUGCUCCUUCCACAAAAGGUUUUUGAAACCCUGUAAGACUACAUAUAGCACCAUGUCUUCUUUUCUACAGUCACUGAUCACACAGACAGAGCCUCGCUUUGCUAUGUUUGGGCCUGGUUUGGAAGAUUUGGAUCAAUCUUUGGUAUACACAAUGAUGGGAAGUCCAGCGAUUCUGCCGCUAGCUGGCAUGCCUUCUAGACAAAUACAUGGAAUUGGCUCUGGAGUCACAUUUCAUUUGAAUGGCCAGAACUUUAACAUUCUGACACUGUAUUCAAAAACUAGCAAAGAAAGGCAGAGAGACAAAGCAGUUACAAAUUCCAUCAAUAAGAUGUUCUAUGAAGCGAGCAACGUGGAUGGGAUAACACAAUAUAAGCUAAUUGAACAUGUUCAGAAUGUGUGCAGGCUAGCCGAUGGGUUCAUCUACGUUGCAGAUGCUGAGGAUCAUAAAAGACACAAUCGCCAAAUUGAAUUUGCUCGGAUUUCAGCAAUGCUUGAUCCCACACUUGGGCCUUCAGCCAGACCUCUGUUGAUUUUGUCUUGCAUUUCAUGUGCUUCAAAGGAAAGGAUUCCUUGUGUUUACCUGGCACAUCAGCUGCAACUAAACCUGCUUGACCGAUCAUGGAUGGUUCAGGAUAUCGAAGCUGCCACACUGGUUGGACUAUUGGAUGGAAUUCAGUGGCUCCUGGAACAUGUCAAACAUUAAAAUCCAUAAUAAUCAAGUCAGUUCUAAUAAAAAAAUUAUCUGUCUUACAUGGCCAAAUAU